ACGCGAUGACGUGUGUUGUGCUGGUGACGUCAGCAGCGUUGUUGCAGAGUCACUGCGGCGGUCGGACUGUAAACAAGCAGCAGCAGCUGUUGUUGUUGUUGUUUUUGUUGUUGUUGUUGUUCAAACAGCUGCUUCUCAUCCUCGAGCUCACACAUCCACGCGCGCUGGGUGUUUUUUUUCGUAACAUCUUCGAGUUCUGGCGCGAACACGCAGCUAGCAUCUGAAGCUAGCGACAGCUAGCCCGUGUUAGCCGUUAGCUCGUCGCUCGGCCUGUUUGUGAAGAGGAGGCGGGCGGGAAACACCCUUUAUGCCCCCGGUACACCUCCGCCUACCGCGACCAGGAGCUGCGGAACCGUGACUGGGUGGCUGGUCAGAGCGGCCUCCUCCCACCAUGGAGGCAGGAGGGAAGGACUGUGAAGAGGAGACGCUGCAGACGGCCUUCAAGAAGCUGAGGGUCGAUGCUGAGAGUUUACCCGGAGCCGUGAGUGUUUCCGAGGCGUUGGCGCCCAGAGUACCAUCGCGCUCUUGUCUCGACACCAGCGGAGCGAAGCCCAAACUCGGCUGCCCGAAGGACAACUGGCACGGCUGUAUGAGGAAAACAUCUAGAGGAGCGUCCAGAACCCAGCGGCGCCGCAGGUCCAAGUCACCCAUCCUCCACCCUCCAAAGUUCACCUACUGCAGCACCUCCGCUGCCUCUGCACUGUCCACCUCUAGUGGCUGCCUGAAGCAGCAGCGCCUGGCCGUGCCGGAGCCCGCGGAGCCUCGUCCUGCAGUCGAUGGAAGAACGGCUGCUUCUGUAGCUCUCCCGGCCCAGAAGGAGCUCUCUUCUUCAGCCACUCCUGGCCACAUCUCUCCACUGGUUUUUGGAUCUCGCGCUGGGUCUGAGACGCACAUCGGAGCUGUGGUUUCCUCCCAUGAGAUCCCCAGUGUUAUUACUACUGUCGUGACAUCAGCCGGGCAGGACGGAGGAAGCUCCAGAGAUGCUCAGUCGAGCGACGAGAGCGGCCCAGAGAAAAGUGCCUGUGACGGAGCAGAGUCUGGAGCGGGAGCGCCUCGGAUAUCCGGACCCGCGGAAGCUGCUGACUUCCGAGCUUUAUCAGAGCUCCACAGCAGCGGCUCGGCAGAAGGCCCCCGCGAUCCCUGCUCCUGCGCCUGGAGAAAGAGCUCCGACUCCCAGGAAGAAAGCGGCCAGGCGGCUGAGUCUGCGUGCCAGUGCCAGUCCAGUCAUCAGGGCUGGGCCGGCGUGGAGGUGUACUCCUUCACGGGGCUCCGCAACGUCAUCUCGGAGUGCGAGAGGAGCCUGCCGAGCCACGAGGACAGCCCCAGAACUCUCGGCGCCAACACUAACGCCGCCACAGCUUCGUCACCUUCUUCGUUGUCGUCGGGUUCCCCUCGCUCGUGCUCGGAGCAGGCCCGGGCCUACGUGGACGACAUCACGAUAGAGGACCUUUCUGGCUACAUGGAGUAUUAUCUCUACAUCCCCAAGAAGAUGUCGCACAUGGCCGAGAUGAUGUACACUUAAAAUGAAUAUAUCGUGAGGAGAUCGUAAAGGAAAAGGCCUCGAUGGAAUGUCGUCAGUAGUGGUUAGAACGAAUCAGGCAUGAAAGUUGUAGAAAAUAUACAACGUUAACUGAUUUUUAACCAGGAUGAAAUGUUUCCCGUCUGUCUGAGCCUCCCUGUGUUUCACUAGAACUGACAGAACGCGAUCACCACCGACCUUUUCUCAUUAGUUUUGACUUCCUCCGCCUCCUUUUUGUUUGUGCUACGUUUAAAUUUAAUUUCCAGUUUCCAGAUGGAGUUGCCAAAAGCUCUUGCAGGGUCUUGCCGGAGGAGAGAAUAGUUGGAACUUGUGAUGCCAAGUUUUUUUUGUGGUGUUGUGACCUUGAACGUCACGUGUCUGGAUUUCAUUUCACUCAAUAAAGAAGCAAACUGUGUUUGUGGGAAAGUU